UCCCGCCGUCGUUCGUCCAUUCCAUUCCACUCCCGACUGUUUCCUCAAAUUUCCUUCCGAGCAAAAACCUCCGUCCCAUUCUUGAAGCUGAUCCUCCACAGUCAACCAAAUCAUCUCUUCUUUUUUUCUUCUUUUGAUAUGAAACCGAAUCGCAAGCUCAAGAAAACCGAUUCAACUUCAAAGCUUGUAUUGGAGGAAAUUAUUGGUACCACUACAAAGAACAACAAUGGACUGGCUUCCAACGUUAAUUCUGCAAUCUGCGUCUAUUUGGCCGGAUGCGUUGUUGUUGUGCACAAUGUUGACUCUGGUACUCAAUCACAUCUCGUGGUGCCUCAUCGGUCGUGUAAACCUUUGAGCUGUGUGGCAAUGUCCCUGGAUGGCCGCUUCGUGGCUGCUGGAGAGUCAGGGCCACAACCUGCAGUAUUUGUGUGGGAAUUAAGUGGCAUGGCCUUUGUAUCAGAACUGAAAGGUCAUCUGUAUGGUGUUGCUUGCCUUGCCUUUUCACCUGAUGGGAAAUAUCUAGUGUCUGUCGGGGGAUACAUAUAUAUUUGGGACUGGCGGACUACAGCGUUGCUAACAAAGCUCAAAGCAAGUUCAUCUUGUACGGCCAUCUCAUCUGUUUCCUUCUCAUCAGAUUCAAAAUCCCUUUUAACUGCUGGGAAGAAGCACUUGAAGUUCUGGACAAUUACAUCUCCUAAGACCCACUUUAAUUUAGGGACAAGUUCACUGUCUUUGCAUGGAAAGCCUGUUAAUCUUGGUCCACAUCAAGGAAGCUCAUUUGUUUCUAUUGCUUCUGGAUUUUGGGAGGAUGGUAGUUCAAGUGAAGUUUUUCGGAUGUAUGCAUUGACUGAAACAGGUGAACUCUGCCUGGUGAACUCUGGAUUUUCAGUAACAAAGUUCGUCAAUUUAAAGGUAGAUAAAAGUUUCGCUGUAUCUGCAUCGAGCAAGUUAAUUGCUUGUGCUUGCAGCAACGGAAUAGUACAACUUUUUGAUGCUGAGAAUCUUCAAUAUGGUGGAAGUUUAGUCUAUUCAAGAUCUAAGCAAUUCGACGGUGCAAGCAAUAUUGUUUAUCCUAUGAAAGAUGAUGGAAAUGUUCUACAAAACUUACCUGCCCUUCCUGAUGCUAUUGCAUGCUAUUUUUCAACCUCAGAAAAGCUUGUGGUUAUUUAUGGAGAUCACUAUCUUAACAUAUGGGACAUCCAUGACCCGAAGCAGGCUACCAGGACUUGUGUGCUAGUUUCACAUUCUGCUUGUAUAUGGGAUAUCAAGGUUCUUUGUUGUGAGAACAUGCACGAUCCAUCUCUUGCUUGUGUUGCGAGAGGUUGUUCAGGAGGAAUGUCUUUUGCAACGUGCUCAGCAGAUGGUACUAUAAGGUUGUGGGAUCUAGCUCUGGAACCUGAUUCAGAAGAUGCAAUGGACAGUCAAGUUCGACGAGCGAGCACUACACGAUUUGAGAGUGCUGGAAUAUUUGAACGAGAAACUGUGGAAGCUGGUUGUAGCACUCAAAGCUUUCGUUCUCUGGCAGCAAGUUCAGAUGGAAAAUACCUCGCUGCUGGUGACCUUGAUGGAAACAUUCACAUAUUUAACCUGCUAACUUCCGAUUAUACAUGUCUUCAGGGUGCUCAUGAUGCAGAGGUCCUAUCAUUAAGCUUUAGCUUGGUGAGUAGUAAUGAAGCUAUAUCUAAAAAAGUUAUGCAAGGUCAUUACUACCUGGCUUCAGCAAGCCGAGAUCGAAUUAUCCAUCUUUACAAUGUUGAAAGGAAUUUUGAUCUCACUGAUAGUAUUGUCGAUCACUCAGCAGCUGUAACUUCAGUAAAGAUCAGUUGCAAUGGACACAAAAUUAUAAGCUGCAGUGCUGACAGGUCUUUGAUUUUCCGUGAUUUCACCACAACAGAUAGUGGUCAUAUGAUAUCCCGCAGUCAUCACCAAAUGGCAUCUCAGGGCACUGUCUAUGAUAUGGCUAUAGAUCCUAAAAGAGACGUUGUUGUUACAGUUGGGCAGGAUAAGAAGAUCAAUACAUUUGAUGUUGCUUCCGGGAAGCUAAUAAGAUCUUUCAGGCUGGAGAAAGAUUUUGGAGAACCAAUAAAAGUUGCAGUGGAUCCGAGUUGUAGUUACCUUGUUUGUUCCUAUUCAAACAAAUCUAUAUGCAUGCACGAUUUCAUGACGGGGGAAAUGGUUGUACAGGCAAUGGGGCAUGGUGAAGUAAUUACUGGUGUCAUUUUCACACCAGACUGUAAACGCAUUAUUUCUAUAGGAGGAGAUGGUUGCGUUUUUGUAUGGAGACUUCCUGCAUUUUUAUCUUCAAGUAUGCAUCAGAAAAUGAAUGAAGGUUCUGGUCCAGUGUCUCCAGGAAUCAUGGCUAAGCCUAUACCUUUUGGUAGAACCAUGAUUUACGAAGAGGAUGGAAAUGAAGCAAAGCAACAUGCAACCUAUUCUGGUGAUGAUUCCAUGCAAAAUGGUUUUCAAGUGCUUCAUCAAGGAGAAGCUGCUCCGGAGGCAACAUUUAGAUUUAGCAUUUCAAGACUGCCCAGAUGGGCACAAUAUAAAGUAACAAACUCUGACAGUGCCCAAAUAAACAAUGAGUCCACACCUUUGCAGAAAAGUCGCUGUUCUUUGGUUGUUGAUGAUCAAGGAAAUGCUCCUCCACCUCCAGAAUUUCAAAUUUGUUGUGAGUCUUCCGAUCACAUCCUUCGAUCUGUUGACUCCUGCACCAGCAGCUUAUCCGGAAACUCUUCUGAUUAUGGUGAUACUAAUGGUUCUAAUGUGCCUCAAGAAACAUUUAGUGGCCAUCCUGGCAUGGAAAACCGCUGGCUCUCUAUUUAUAACGUGUGUCUUGAUCUACCGAGUUCUCCUGAAAUGCAGAAUUUUAUGGACAGGAAAUCAGUGUCUUCCACUAAUGGACGGUUGUGCUUUGCAGUACAAGAUGCACCAAAGCUACCAGCUUCUAAUGGAUGCUCUUCUGGUCAAGCUAGUAAUGAUAUAGAUAUUGGGGGAGAGUUGACUUCCAGUAAGAUUGCUAUUUUUCACAAAUCUGUACCUAGUAAGCGUGAAUCUCACACGAGAGUGAAUGAGGUUCAUUCUGGGGAAAUGGGAGAGCUUCAUUCCAGCAAUGUAGAAAGUGAAAAGCAAGCAAUUGGAGAUAGUAUUCCGUGCCACAUUAAGGCUGAAGAUAGUGAUCUAUUCAAGCUACAUUUCGGCAGUUUGUCAAUGUCACACAAGAGAAAGAAAUCAUCAGCAAGGGGAAGAUACUUUUCCAAAUAUGUUUUGCAGGACUGUCUUGGAAGCACCAAAAGACUUCGAAUGCUUCCUUAUGACUGUGGUAGUAAAACUUUGAAUUACAUGGACGAAGCAACUAAUCAUUCUCCAUCAGAGAUAUUGCCAAGUCAGGUUUUGGCAGAGCAACCAUUGGGUAUUACAAGAACGACAGAUACCUUGCUAAGCUCAAAGUCGUCACGCUUUACACAAAAUGAAAGCUAUCCAGGUGAAAAAGAGUCAAUAAGAGCAAAGCUGACAAAAGAAGGAAAUAAUGAUAGUUUUCCAGUUCCAAGUGUAUUGCAGGAGAAACCAACUAGUUGUAGGGAAGUUCUACUUGGUCUGGAUGCUGCAGCUGAGAACGCAGUUCAGUUCUUCUCAAGAUUAGCUACCCCGGCUUGUCAUGAAGAUAGUUUACCUUUACAGGAUUCUGGAUUGGAGUUCUACGAUGAAGCAGCAAUGUUACUUCCCUCAAUUUUAGAGAAAAUUAAUGCAGUUGCCAAGUUGGUACAAUGCAAGAACAAAGAUAAAUGUGAAAGUACGAAAAAUGUUACUAUUACAGAAUCUAAACCUCUCUUAGAAACAUUUGCUAAGAAUCACUCUGAAAAGGUUGAAAUAUGAGGAUGAAUCUUGGUAGGAAUUCACAGUUUUCUAUAAAUACAUAUGGACAAUGAAGUACCUCCUAAUUAUGGUAAAUAAAUUCAGAGGUAAUUCUUUGGAUAUCAAA